AUGGGUUAUCUACAAGAUUUCAGCUAUGCCCUCACUCAUUGGUCUUUUGGAAUCGCUAUACUCAUUGGAUUGGUUGCAUCUGAUAAUUCAGGAGCUGAUACUGUCAUUGCCAUUAUCGUAGCUGGAGUGUCAACUACACUUUCAGCACUAUGCGGUUCAACAUCUCCCGGCACAGAAGAGCAGUACCGGCGAAGGAAACUCUCCGACGUCCUGAACUUCCUGAUCGUCUGGCUGGACAUCUUGACCAACCUGGUGGCAGCUGCCUCCUGCGCCAGACUAGCCAGCGCCACGGUGGAUUACAUCAGCAAGGGCCACUUCAGGGAGUUCCUCUUCGGGAUGGAGCAGCACUCGCUGGGAGAGCCGUGGCCCGACGUGCUGGGAGUCACCAUCAUCGUGGUGGUCACUGUUCUGUUCAUGAUGGGCCUGGAGCAAUCUUCAACGAUAUCUUCAUUACUGCUGUUAGUGCUACUUUGCCAUUUCAUAUUCUUCGUUACCACUGGCAGCUUCCAUACUGUGAUAAAAUUCGGAAGAUGGUGUGAAAAUUUCAAAGUCCAUUCAUUCAGGAAAGUUUUGAGAGCUGCAGCAAGAUGUUCUUUCGCUUUUGUUCACUCCAUUCCGAAAACACAGAGAAACAACUGCUUGAAAAUAUCAACGAUGGUUUUCAACCCCUUAGUUUUUUAUAUUGUCACUGCAAUAAUAUUUUCUAUGAUGACACACUACAGAGAAUUAGUUGGUACAGCAAUACCACUAGUCCAAGUAUUCGAGAGCAGAGAUGUAGAUUGGGCAAGACCUAUUAUAGCCGCUCUCACCAUAUCAGUAGUAUGUUUGCUAAUAACUGAACUCCUGCCAUCGAUUUACAACUCCUUCGUGAAGUUGGCGAGCAAGGACUGGAGAGUUUUCGUGCCCUCCAUACAAUACAGGAGUUCUUUGACUGGAGCCCCAAUACUGGCCAUAUUCGCAGCAGGGAGUCUAGCAGCAAUUUUAGCCUUUGCUUGUCCACUUUCUCAUUUGAUCAAACUGUUGAACACUUCUGCUCUGGUGAAAUGUGCUCUAUCAUCAUGUCAACUAGUCUACAAUAGAUAUAAGCAAGAGAUCAACUACGAUAUACUUGUUCACAAUACGUCUAUUCAAUACAGCAAACUGAACAGGGAUCAAAGCAAACCUCCUUGCUCGAAGAGCUGCAUACUGUCAAUUAAAGAUAAAUUUAAGUCCUGGUUCCUGUCAAAACCCCAGUAUACACAUAGACUAAGUUCACCGAAAAUUACAACGAGGUCUUUGGUCAAUUCCAGAGAGAGAAGAAUUGAGAGGGAAUGUCUACUAUUGGAUGAUUAUAGCAAUAGGACUGUCAAUAUAGAUUUAGGUGAAGAAAGUCCAUCUGAAAACGGAGAUAAUUUGCUAUGUUCGGAAGAUGAAGAUUCUGGUAGUUCAACAGAUAUAGAUCUAGCUGUUGAGGAAUAUAAAGAAGGAUUGAAGGUUGCUACUAUUGGAAAAUUCACCAACGAUAGAAGGUCUACUAAGCUAACCUCAACAAUGGCAGUGGCAUGCCUUGUCUUAGCGUUCUCUGCAUCGAUAACGUUGUCUCUAUAUGUGAUGAAAGUUUCAACGUCAUUAUGGCCUAGUAUCUUAGGACUUCUUUUAUCAACACUUGUACUAACAGCAUUGCCUCCUAACUCGACCGACAAAUCAAAAGAGUCAAUUUUGCCGUCCAUUUUGUUUCCAAUGUGUAAUAUUGCGUCUAUUGCAAUCAACGUUGUCUUGACUUCAACGAUAUUCAUGGAGAUCUGGCAAGGGAUAGUUUUUUGGACACUUGCAGGGCUUCUGUUGUUUUGGCGGUGUGACUGUUGCACCUGUGAAGGCCUAUUCAGAAGCCCCAAGAUCCACAGCCAGAUAAAUAUAAUACCAAAUUCUGGAUCGGAAUUGCCAGAAGAAUAUGACCAUAAGGAGAUUGUCGAUACCAUUUACAUCACCAGAUGA